UUUGUGUCUUUCAGCUCGGCCGGGCUCUGGAGGCCGGAGUGGAGGGCGCCUCCUCGGGGACUCCGGCUCCGCCGAGCCACGUGCACCUCCGGGUGGGGUGGGGCGCCGCGGCCCCGGGACCCCGCCUGGCCCACCGCCCCUCGCCCCUUCCAGUGGCCGGGCGCGCUGGGCUGGGCAGGAUAAGGUUACGCCGAGGCUUCCUCGAUCGGGAGGAGGGGAGGCGGGUCCGAGCCCUCGCCCCGGGCCGCGGGGGAGUUCCCACAGUCUGCAGCUCGGGCCCGCGGGGCCACAUCCCUGCUGCCGGCCGGGCGCCGCCACAGGACCCCGAGCGCAGCCCCGGGGCCGGUCCCCGCGAUGGCCCGGGAGAGGCCGACCGGGAGGGGCUGCGGCGCGCUGCGCCGGUGUCUGCUCGGCGCCGCGCUGCUGCUCGGCCUACGGCUGUGCGCCGAGCUGCGGCGCGCCGGGCCCGGGUUCCCCACCCGCAGCGCCCCGUCGCGCCCGGCCCCUCGCCCGCCCGGGCCGCACCUGCCGCCCGCGCCCGGCCCGCCGCGCGGCGCCAGCAGGAGGCAGGUGACCUACGUGCGCAGCGGGCGCCGGGCGCCGCCGGGAGGCAGCGGGCGCGGGACGCCGGAGCCGAGCUGCUGCGCCCUGCGCGGGCGCCCCCGCAGGAAGGGUCCCCGGUGGCAUAUAGAUCUCCAACCUUGGGCAGGUCCCGCUCAGUCCCUGGAAGAAGAAGCCUUGAGGUUCCUGAGAUAUAUCAGCACCACCCAGAUUGCAUGCAAUCACAUGAGUACAGACAGCCUGGGUGCUGGCUCCAGCCCUGCAAAGAAGCCCUGGUUGGUGUGUCUUGAUGACAGGUUUGGCUUAGCUCAUCAAAUUCGCAACAAGCAGUGUCGCCUGUAUUCUUUAGGACUGGGAAAUGACGAUACCCAUUUUGAAGUUCGCAUGGCCCAUGAUGGAUGUGAAGUGCACCGUUUUGAUCCCAGUGUUAAAUCAGCGCACAUUCUAGAGAGUCAGCGUCUUUGGUAUCACCGCUUGUCCAUCGACUGGAGAGAUCCCCAUCCAGCUGUUGCUGCCCAAAAAUCACAUAGUAACACCAGAAAACUGGGAAGUAUUUUGAAUGAAUUUGGGCAUCACAAGAUUGAUGUUCUGAAGGCAGAUCUGGAAAGUGCAGAAUGGAAAGUUUUGGAAAAUCUUAUUCUGGAAGAUGUCCUUGAACAGAUUGGACAGCUCGUCUUUGAGAUCCAUCUCCACUGGCCUGGGUUUGAGGUCAGUGGCAGUGACAGCAGUGUUGUGCGGUUCUGGUACAGUCUCCUCAAAGAGUUAGAACUAAAGGAUUUCAGGCUUUUUCACAGUUAUAAAGAUUUAUCUAAGCCUCAGCUAUUCCUGAAGAAGGACAUUUUCAAUGCAAGUAGCUGUUAUACUCUCAGUUGGGUGAAUACAAGAUGGAAAUAGGAUGCAAGACCUCAUCAAGAAUGCAAGGAAAUAUUUGCAGAAUGGAAUAUGUCCAUGAUUCUAAGCAGAAUGGAGUAUGUCCAUGAUUCUAAUCGUGGGUUUACUCAUCGCGUCUCCUAUUAGCUUGUCACCUGCUUGAAGUAGGAAUGGUGUUGUUGUCUCUGUAGUGCAUGUAGCCUGGUGCUUGACGUGUGGCAGGGGCGCAGUUAAUCCUUGUUAAAAGAUGAAUACUCUUGUCACCCACAUUGCCCAGACCCAGGUUCUUUGCCUUUUAAUCUCUGACAGAGAGGCUAAAAGGCCACUCUUCACUUUUACUUGAAAGACAAUCCCCCUCUCAUCCCAGUCUUCCCUAAAAUUCAUUACGUGUCUACAAUCCAUGAAUUCAUCAAAAUUAAAAUGAAAUGAUAUUUUACUAGGUUGAUGAGAUUCUUAAGUUCUUUGUCUACUGUUUAAAUAGGGCAUUUCCUUUGUCUUGAACUCAUUUCUUUCAAGGUUUUUCUUAUUCAUCUGGUCAAUAAUAUUCUUUACAACCUCAUAGAUUUCAAUCAUUCCUUCUCAGCCUUUGAUUAUCGUGUAGGGCAGGGUUUCUUAACCUCGGGACUGUUGCCAUUUGGGCUGGAUAAUUCUUUCUUGUUUGCUCAAAAAAAUUUGGGAGAGAGUAGGAUACCGAUUAUUACUAGACUUUUUCCUUUCUCCUGGUUUUUUAACCUCCUUCUAUCCUCUGACGUUCCCUGGGUUGGCUUUUUGUUUCUUGAUGAGGUUUGAAAAUGCCAUUCCUCAAGUGAGAAAUUGAAGUAUAUUAGAAUAGGAUGAUCUUACUAACUUGAGUUGAAAAGUGAACAAGACUCUCUGAAUCAGGUGUGAUGAUUUUUUGAAACAUAAAUGAGGUUUUUAUUUUAAAACUCAUGUUUGAAAUCCAUCCCCACUAGCCUGGUACACUAGUAAGAGUUGAGCUGAGAGGACCCGCUUGAAUAGGUGAGAUUCGAAAUGGCAGUUUGGUUGCUUCUAUGUUGCAUUGGCAUCUCAAAUGUGCAGAAGGGUCCAUAAAAACUCGAAAGUGGUUUAUGCUGUUAGUUUGCGUGGCAGCCUUGCCAAAGCAAAGCUAACUUUAGCUCAAUUCUGUUUGGAUUAUAUCACAGAUUUUUCCAUAAAAAUUUUAUACACUGAAAUAUACAUACUAAACCUUUUUAUACGGUAAAGUGUGAAGAGUGUACUAAUUUUAAGUGUUUAGUCUGAUCAACUUUUAGAUAUGUACAUACCCUUAUCAAGAUUUUUAAUUCAUGGAAUUAAAGAUUUAUGACAAUACUGAAAGCCACCUUUGUAUAGGGCAAGUUAACCAUUUAUUCCAGAUUGGUGGUGCAGAACAUUGAAUUCAUCACACUAUAUAUAUAUCUGAAGCAAGAAUGGAUGUGCUGUUAAAAAAAUAAAUCACAAACACAUCCACCCACACUCACCUACUAGGCAGCCUGUUCCAUAGUUAUUCAUACUUAUUUUAUGCUUAUUUCUAAAACUGUUCUUCAUUCCCUUCAUGGAUAGUAUCAAAUUUCUAAUGAAUAUUCUGAUGUUGCUAUGGUUUCCCUGCCUCUACAAUUAUUAUGCUUGUCGUGUAGGCCAGGGUUUCUUAACCUCAGCACCACUGCCAUUUGGGCUGGAUAAUUCUUUAUUGGGGUUUGAGGGCUGUUCUGUGCAUUGUAGGAUGUUUAGAGGCAUGCCUGGCCUCUACCCACUAAAUGACAGGAGCACCCUGCCCCCUCAGUUAUGACAUCCAGACAUGUCUGCAGACAGUGCCAAAUGUCCCCCCGGGGGUGUGUGUGUGCAAAAAUCAGCCACUGUGGAGAACUGCUGGUGUAGCCCAUGAGAAGGGGGCACUGGUGUUUGCUUGUGAAGAAUGGGCAAACACAGAUCCUCUUGUGAGGAACAAGCAAAACAAUAACCACCACCACCACAACCUCCACAAAAGCAACACAAACAGAAUACAACAAUCAAAUUCAAGAGUUACCAUUUACUGAGAGCUUACUAUGUGCCAGACACUUUGCAUAGAUUAUUCCUAAUUCUCCCGACAACCUGACAAGGAAGUGUAGUUUUUCUGGUUGUUUGGGUAAAGAACCUCUGAAGGUUAAAUAGCUUAUCCAGAUUACUUAACUAGGAGAUGGUGGAAAAGGAAUCCACAUUCUGGUUUGUCAGAUCUCAUAAAGACCACGCUCAUUCCCCUCCACAAUGCUGCCUCCAUAGCCUUUACCGAAUGUAAGAUGCUUCAUCCAAACAUCACACUUUGCCUCCCUUUAAUAAAAGGAGGAAAAAAGCUACAAACAUACUUAGACAAACCUGCAAGUCUGUUAGAGUUGGGAUAAUUUUGUAGCAUGCAGAUUUGCUUAACUUAAACCAUCUACUUAAUUAACCUAUGCUUGCCAAAUGGAAGUUUACUGAGGAAAUAUGGGGACCCCACUUCUCUGUCAAUAUAUUUAGGCUGCCAAGGCUUGGAAGGAGCCUGGGUCUGGCUCAUCCCAAUAUUUGGCACUUUCCUCCUGAGUUUUAGAAAGGACGCAGUCACUUGGAACUGCAGUGUGAUGCUUUUUCCUUACAACUAGUCUCUGACUUGCAGAUAAAUGAGCUAAGAUGUGAAUAUCUGUGACAUGCAUCUCUUUAACUCUUACUGGAGUAGUAUUCAUAAAAGAUUCUGAAAAUACAAAUUUAAUAAUGUUCUUAUCAAUGAUUUAAAAACUGCUCCUUUUUUAGGUGAAAGAUAUAUAAGUGUGCAAGAGAUUCAGAAGUUGCCUUUUAGCACAACCUCUGUGUCACAAUUUGAGAUUUCCCUUCCUCUUUUCUUAGUGAUUGUAUUUGAUUCAGUUAUAAUAGGUUAUCAUAUAAAUAUUUGUAACUACUUGACAUGUUCAAACGAAGAGAACCAGGGAGAAGUAAACAAAAUUCUAUUAAAAUUGACUGAAGUUCCACUAAUAUUUACAACAGGGUAGAACAAAAUUAAAUUCGUGGAUUUACAGUGUUUAGUCCAAAACAGUUGUUCUUGUAAGCAUUUCUGCCUUGGUUAUAAGAUCUUCUGGUAAAUAAAGUAUAAGAUUUGCAUCUCCUAAGUAUUAAAUGUUUGGAUUUUGGAAAGCUUGGAUUAAUAUCAGGAAGCCAGGCUCAUCAUAUUUUGCCAGUUUAGAAAUGAAGGCCUCAUUCAAAUAGAUCAUUCUACUUGACAAUACCACAUUACCUCCAACUUGAAUUGAUGUAAUUGUUCUUUUCUGCUGGAGAUAAAUUUAUGUUUGCUUUUUAAGCAAUAACAUAAUUGGUUUUGUACUAGCCAAUUGCUGGUGCUUUGUGAAUUCAAUAAUACGUUUAAC